AUGGACUUUGCGGAAGAUCACGUCUGGUCCUCAUACGGCCCCGCUGAUAGUCACACGCUGAAUAAGGCCGUCGACGCGUACUGGGCUUGCAGUGCUGAACUUGUGGUCGCCGAUUGCUCUGACAUUCGUGUGACCGAAAUCGAGGUGGUGGAGACGCUGGAACGUGAGACGUCUUCUCAGGACAGCAGAAUCUCGACGGCCGAGCGGAAGCGGUUAAAUCGCGAAGCAAACGAAGCGGCACGAUUGGCCAAGGAAGAAAGGAAACGGAUCGCUCGGGAGGAACAGGAGCUUGCUCAGGCACGAAAGGCUCGAAAAAGAAAGUUGAGCCAACCGUCACUGAAGGAAAAGACGAGCAAAAAGAUACGCGUGCAGGACAGGCUGAAAAAGUUCUUCGAAGAGCGGGACGCUUAUGCUGCUAGCGUUUCUGGACCUACAGCAGCGCUUUUGCGCUUCCAGGUUCAAGCCCUGCAAGAGACACCCGGCUCUUUCGUACUUCCCGAGAAUUUAAUGCACCCUGGAGUCGGCGAGCAACCUAUCGUCCCCCUGCCAGCCGGGUGCUCGUGGGCAAAAGUGAUCACCGAUCGCGACCCGGUUCCUCUGACGGGCCUCAGCCUAGACUUUUCCGGCACACGCGCUUUUUCCUGGUUAAAAGUGCCAACGCUACUAUCCAAAGAGGAGGCCAUGACGCGAGCAAUCCAGAGCCAAGUUCCGCCUCGGACCGUUUCCGAACUGCCGCUAUCUAACGUUGACGAGCAGGCCAAGCAUUUCGCACAGGCCGAUUUGGCCACACCCGAAUCGAGCUUCCUGGGCGGAAUUUUGUUGCGCAAAGCCAAUGAGGUCGCACCAGAGAAAAGGGAGGAACUCUGGAAACGCCUCGACAGUCUGAUCAACGAGGCUGCCGGUGGACAAGAA